GGUAAGUAUAAAUAUAAGUGGUUCAACUACUGAUCAAUCAGAUUUGUUAGGUAGGUAUAACUGAAAAUUAUAUUUUUGCAAAAUAAUACUUCGAUACCUACUUACGCAAUUAAUUUCCAGACGAGCAAAUGAAAUUUAAGAAUUCCUAAUUUUUGUUUAUUCUGCUUACGUGAAAGCAACAGUUCUCCUAUUUUAUUCAUAGUACCGACAACAAGCUCGAAAAUAAAAUCUCACUUACGAAGAUAUGGUCGCCGAUCCGGUUCUCAUCGCUGAUUUCAAUAUGUAGAUAGGUGUAUCUAAUUAUCAAUUUCUAUUCGUAUUUUUAUUCAUUGUUGACCGGUUGAGAACGUCGCAUCUCACGCGAAUUUGAUCGUUUUUCCGUUCUAAAUUUUGUGCCACGAAUUUGUGAUUAAAAUGUAUGGGUAAUUUUCAAAUUUUUUUUAUACCUUAACUGAGUGAUUGGUUUCUUUUUUUUUCAAUAAUCGCGCACGAUAACGUUUUCAUCAUGAAUAACUUUAAGCAUUUAAUUCGCGAUAUUAGCGUCGAGCCGGCCUUAUUCCUAUACAUAGGCACUCAUCAUGUGCUAGAAUUCUUGAACAUGAAUUUAUUCAUCCAAAAAGCAUGCAGAUUUAACCUCACAUCCGAGCCUGAUUUGAAUACGGCAUGCGACGACAAAGAUAAAGGGAUCAUAUUCACAUCGAAAGUAAAUUCAAAUUAUCAUUCGAUAUCCUCUGUCAUAUGCUUAAUCUAUCUCAUAUUAGCUGUGUGCUGGAGCGACGAAGCUGGCAAACGUAGAAAACCGUUGAUUUUCUUGCCCUUAAUCGGUCUAAUCCUUCAAGCUUGCUCGGGCUGUAUUCAUUCGUAUUAUUGGUCUUGGAGUCCUACCAGUGCAGCAAUUUCAAACGUGAUUUGUGAAAUAAUCGGCGGAGGUCGCGAACUGAUGAUAGCUGCGACUCAAAUGUACAUUUGUGAUAUAUCUAACUUGGAAAAUCGUACUAUGAGGGUUGGACUUUUAUGGCUGGUUCGAACUAUUGGUACGCCCUUGGGUAAGGGUAGUUCUGGAUACCUUCUUCGCAGUGUAGGGUUUUAUUACUCGUAUAUGUUGUGCAUCGCGUUGUCAAUUUUGGGAUUCGCGUUCGGGUCGAUUUUUAUUAGGAAUUCGACGGCGCAGCUGGUUAGAAAAGUAGGUUUGUGUCGGAUUUUCAAUCUCGCCCCGGUAGUGAAUAGUUUUAGGGUUGUUUUUAGCAAGAAGUUGGCGAGGAAGAGGAUCAUCGUUGUGUUAUUACUGCUGGUACAAGUUCUUGGAUGGUUUGCCUUGUUAGGGGAAUAUUCAGUUGUGUAUUUAUUCUUGAAUUACAAAUUUAGUUGGGAUGAAAAAAUGUACAGCAUGUUUCAAGUAUACAGACAUGUCGGAAUCAUCCUAGGUACGAUAUUUUGUUCAAUAGUGCUAAGUAAGCUGAUGAAAAUACACGAUGGUGUUAUCGGAGCCUUUGCUGCACUUGGUGAUACAAUUGCUGUGAUAGGAUACACAAUGGCGUAUGAAAGUUGGCAUCUUUAUUUUGUUACUUUAUUUGACGUAUUCCAUGGCUCAGCGUUAUCAGUUUGUUCGUCGUUCAUGAGCAAAUUUUACGACAGUAAUGAAUUUGGUCGAUUGUUUGCGGUUAUUUACGUGUUUGGAUUAUUCAUUCCAAUAAGCUUUCCAGUGUAUAAUAUUGUCUUUCGAAAUACUCUGAAAAUUUUUCCUUCUGCAUUCUACAUUAUCAGUAUCGUGCUUAAUUUUGGCGUCGUAUUGUCGUAUUGGUUUUCGUAUUCACUGGAUAAGAAAAUAUCGAAAGAAAGACCAUCUGAGAUGGAACGACGAGCAAUGGUAUCUCUUAAUCCUCCAGAAAUCAGAGUGGUGAAUUAUGAAGAUGAAAUAUCGCCGAAAUAAGUUUUGUGUGGUUCGUUGGGUACCCAGCAAUAUUGGUAUCCUGGUGCUCUUUCUGUGAUUUAUGUUUAUUUUUGUAUCGGUUUUUAGGAUAAAAAUUACUAAAUUAUAUUGAUAAGAAAACAGAA